AUGACAGAGGCCGAAUUUGAAGCAUGGAAUCCCAUCGUCACAGAGCUGGGAUCGGGCUGUACCCUGAUCGCCGAUCUAUACUACUGUGUGCAGAUUGACUAUGAAACAAUCUCAGUGACGGUGGCAUCUACUUCUACUUCAAAGUCUGUCUCUACUGCUAUAGCUUCCACUGUAUCCACAACGUUGGUGACUGCUACUCCUACAUCCUCUGGAGACGGAAUUUCGACACCCACUCCCUACCAGACGGGUAUAGCAGCCAAUUGUGAUGAAUUUUAUCUCGUCGUAAGCGGAGAUGAGUGUGGUACAAUUGCAACCGAUGAGGGCAUCUCACUUGAAGACUUCUAUGCCUGGAACCCGGCAGUGGGUACAUCAUGCGCCUAUCUCGACUUGGGAGAUUAUGUUUGCGUGGGUACAAUCGGUAGCACUGCUACAGCUACCCCUACUACAUCUCCUGCAACCACUGGAGAUGGCGUGACCACUCCUACACCCUACCAGACCGGUAUGGUAUCAGAUUGCGAUUUAUUUCACUUGGUCGUAAGCGGAGAUGGGUGCUACGAUAUUGCGGCAGCGGCAGGUAUUGCACUCAAUGAUUUUUAUACCUGGAACCCGGCUGUGGGCACGUCGUGCGCCUAUCUUGACUUAGGGGAUUAUGUUUGUAUUGGUAUAAUCGAUAGCACUGCUACAGCUACCACUACUUCAUCCUCUGCAACCACUGGAGAUGGGGUGACUACUCCUACCCCUUAUCAGACCGGUAUGGUCUCAGACUGUGAUUUAUUCCACUUAGUCGUAAGUGGAGAUGGAUGCUAUGAUAUUGCGGCAGCGGCAGGUAUUGCACUCGAUGACUUCUAUACCUGGAACCCAGCUGUUGGCACGUCAUGUGCCUACCUUUAUUUGGGAGAUUAUGUUUGCAUUGGUAUAUUAUAA